AACUGUAAGGCAGACCGACAUUCAACAUGCUUAUCGACGAAGUUUUGCUACCAAUUCUCCUCGACUACUGGCCGCUAAUAGUAGUUGCAACAACAGCAAUUCACCUUCUGCGCAACAAAUAUCACAAUGGCCUCAACCAAUACCCGGCCGCCCAUCCGCUGGCAUCAUACACGGACUGGUGGCGAUACUUCGACGUUUCCAAACGACGGGCACAACAUACACACCUAGACGCGCACAGCAAGCAUGGAGACAUUGUUCGCCUUGGCCCCAACGUCUUGUCAUUUUCCGAUCCUAAAGCCAUCAAGAUCAUCUACGGCUUGAACAAGGGCAUGACCAAGUCGGACUUUUAUCCAGUCCAACGAGCGGUCGCUGGCGGAAGAGCAUUGCCGUCGCUGUUUGCCACGAAAGAUGAAGGCUAUCACGCCAGAUAUCGCCGUUGCAUCAACAGCGCCUUCUCCAUGUCAUCACUUAUCGAGUACGAACCGCUGGUAGACAGCACGAUGAACGUCUUCAUCGAACAGACGAAGAGACGUUACUGCGACACCGGACUGACCUGCAAAUUCUCUCAAUGGUUGCAGUUCUACGCCUUCGAUGUCAUCGGCGAGCUGACCUGGAGCAAGCGGCUGGGAUUCGUGGAGCGGGCGGAGGAUGUCGACAACAUUGUCUCGUUCGUCAGUGGAUUUUUGGACUACUGUGCGCCAGUUGGACAAAUGCCAUGGCUGGAUUUCGUCUGGGAGAAAAACCCUCUCCGACUCCUGCUUCAACGAUGGGGAGUCAGCAAAACCGUCUUUCCCGUCACGAAAUUCGCCCUUGCACGAUCUGCCGAGCGAGGCAGCGAAAUGGACAAGAUCCGACAGCACGGCGCCGUCGAGAAGUCAACCAAAGGCAUCGACCUCCUCACCAAAUUUACCCUCGCCCAACACGAUCACCCGGACUUCAUGACUGACAAGCAAGUACUCGCCUCCUGCACGAGCAUGAUCUUCGCCGGCUCCGAAACCACCGCCAUCAGCCUCAGCAGCAUCUUCACGCACCUCCUCCAAAACCCUCGCGCCUACGCCGCCCUCAUGGCCGAACUUGACGCCGCCACCCUCGCCGGCACCAUCGAACCCCGCUCCAACAACCGCGUCAGCUGGUCCGAAUCUCAAAAACUCCCCUACCUCGACGCCGUGAUCCAAGAAUCCUUCCGUCUCCAUCCCGCUCCCGGUCUCAUCCUCGAGCGCGUCGUACCCGCCUCAGGAAUGGACAUCCUCGGCACGCACGUCCCGGGCGGUACCAUCGUCGGCUGCAAUGCGUGGGUCCUGCACCGCCGACCCGAAGUGUUCGGUGCAGACGUGAAUGCAUUCCGACCGGAGCGCUGGCUCGAAGCUAAGCCCGAUCAACUGCGAGAAAUGAAGGCGUCGAUGUUUCAAUUUGGCGCGGGCGCGAGGACCUGUAUUGGGAAGAACAUCAGUCUGCUGGAGAUGUACAAGCUGGUGCCGACGUUUUUGAGGAAUUUCGAGGUCACGCUGGAGGAUCGGGUCAAGACGACAAAUGCUUGGCCAUUGUUCUUGCCGUUGGGCGUUUGGUAG